CAUCCCCAUUGGUUUACAGCUGCUGCUGACAGAUCCAUCAUGUGGGAACUGACAGCCCUCCUGCUCCUGGUUCCAAGCAGUGGGCAAGCUGCUACUCUGGAGAAGCCCAUAUUGUCUCUACACCCACCCUGGACCACAAUCUUCAAGGGGGAAAGGGUAACCUUGCGGUGUGAUGGGUACCACCCUCUGCUCCUGGAGCUCCGACCCAUCAGCACUCUCUGGUAUUUGGGCCACCUACUCCUGCCCUCUCACAAGAAGAGCAUCGAGGUGCAGACACCAGGGGUGUAUCGAUGCCAGACACGGGGAGCACCUGUCAGUGACCCCAUCCACCUCUCCGUAUCCAAUGACUGGCUGAUCCUGCAAGUACCCUAUGCUGCGGUGUUCGAGGGCGAGCCGCUGGUCAUGCGCUGCCGCGGUUGGUACGACAAGGUCGUCUACAAACUUCACUACUACCACGAUGGCCAACCCGUGCGCUACUUCCACUCCAGCGCCAACUACACGGUGCCCCAGGCGCGCGCCAGCGAUAGCGGGCGCUACCAGUGCUCUGGCACCAUGCGCAUCCCGGUGGAGAGCGCGCCCAUGUUCUCCGCCAAGGUGGCCGUGACCGUGCAAGAGCUGUUCCAGGCGCCGGUGCUGAGGGUGAUGGGCCGGGUGGAGGCUCGCGGCGCGGCGCUCGGCGGAGUGGUCUUGCGGUGCGAGACGCUCCUGCACCCUCAGAAGCGCGACACGCCGCUGCAGUUCGCCUUCUACAAGUACAGUCGCGCCGUGCGCCGCUUCGACUGGGGCGCCGAGUACACCGUCCCCGAGCCCGAGGUCGAGGAGCUGGAAUCGCACUGGUGCGAGGCUGCUACCGCCAGCCGCAGCGUCCGGAAACGCAGCCCUUGGCUGCAGCUUCCGGGGCGGGGUUCUCCCCUGGACGUGGCGUCCACCACCGUCCCGGUCCCACAGGCCGCGGCUUUGACGCCCGGUAACAAGCCGCUUUCCUUCAGAAAGCCCCCGCUGUCCGGAUCGGUCCCGUCGGUCACCUCCGUCCCUAACACCACCUCAGCCGGGCUGCUGUUCCCCGCGGGCGGAGCCCCCACUGCUGGGCCACCGGCCUGCUCUCCGCUGACCCCCUUGGAACAAACCACUGGAGCCCUAAAACCCGACGUGGACCUUCUGCUCCAAGAAAUGCAGCUGCUCAAAGGCCUUCUCAGCCGGGUGGUCCUGGAAUUAAAGGAGCCACAGGCCUUCCCAGAGCACAGGGACACACUCGAGACCCCCGCUUCCCACUUUGCUGUGAGUCAGGGAACCCCUGAGACCAGUGCUGUGGAGAGCUGA